AUGGGGGACGAAUGUCUACGCCGAGUUGUUGCACGACUGCAAAACCUGCCAUCGAUCUCUCUUCCGACAGACUAUCCACGACCGACGGGAGGAAGCAGGUUAGUCGAAGCCGCAAUUACUGCUGAUUUAUCCGAACAGACAUGUCUCGGGUUGCUUAAGCUCGCGUUGUACAACGAGGAUGAGGAUGGUGACGGGGACGGGGACGACGAGAAAGGACACAAAACGCCGUCGGCAUUCCACCUGCUACUGGCAGCAUUUUCCGUCCUUCUACAUAGAUACACCGGCGACACAGAUCUUGUCAUCGGAUCAUCUGCCGCAUCAGCGCGUGACCCUCUAGUUCUCCGGCUAGAAGUCAACCCUUCCGACCCUUUCUGGCAAGUGGUCAGGAAGGUGCAGCAGGUGGAGAAGGACGCUGAAGUGGAUGCCUUGCCCUUCGAAUCCAUCGUGCGUGCACUAGGGAAGGGCAAGACGGAUUCUGUAGAAAGUUCACGCCCGCUGUUUCGGGUUCGAUUUUUUGACGAGACCGACACACCACAAGAAAACUUCCUUCGCACCACCAGCCUUACUUCCGAUCUGACCGUGUUCAUCACCCGCCAGCAUGAAAACAGCCGCACGUCGUUAACGCCUCACAUCUCUCUACGCAUCUUAUACAACUCUCUGCUCUUUACUCCUACGCGUAUCACGUACAUCGUGGAUCAGCUCUCUGUCCUAUUACGCAAGGUUGCUGCGAAUCCCUUGGCGCCAGUGGGCUCGGCACCGCUACUGACGUCCGCUCAGCGAGCCAAGUUGCCAAAUCCCAUUGCAGACCUGAACUGGUGUGGCUGGAAGGGUGCCAUCCCCGACGUGUUCUCUCGAAACGCGCGUCAAUGGCCCGACCGGCCGUGCGUCAUUCAGUGUCUGUAUCCAGCAUCCUCGAAUGAAUCGCAAGAAAAGCGGACAUAUACUUACAGCAUGGUUCUCCACGCGUCGAAUACCCUUGCGCACCAUCUGCUGGAAGGCGGGGUGCAGCGAGAGGACGUCGUGAUGGUCUAUGCGUACCGCAGCGUUGAGCUGGUUGUCGCGGUGAUGGCAGUGCUCAAGGCUGGCGCAACUUUCUCUGUGAUAGAUCCUGCGUAUCCAUCGUCAAGACAGAAGAUCUACCUGGAGGUUGCGCAGCCUCGUGCCUUGGUGGUUCUCAAGGGCGCCGGCACCAUUAGCCCCCCUGUUCGUGAAUUUAUAACCAACGAGCUCAAAAUCUGUGUCGAAGUACCUGCGCUGGAGUUGCUGACAGACGGCACGAUUACUGGAGGUUCGCGCUCUGACGGUGGGGAUGUGCUCAAGGGGCAAGCUCACUUGGCUGAGACAGACCCUGAUGUUCCUUUGGGACCUGAUAGCGUCGGCACGUUAUCAUUCACCAGCGGAAGUACGGGCAUACCAAAGGGUGUCAGAGGAAGGCAUUUCAGCCUGACGCAUUUCUUCCCGUGGAUGGGAGAGAGGUUCGAGCUGAACAAAGACUCAAAAUUCACAAUGCUGAGUGGUAUUGCUCACGAUCCAAUCCAACGUGAUAUGUUCACCCCGCUUUUUUUCGGUGCAAGCUUGUAUGUCCCUACCGCAGAGGACAUCGGCACACCAGGGCGACUUGCAGAGUGGAUGGCGGACAACGCAGUGACCGUCACUCACCUCACGCCUGCGAUGGGUCAGCUGCUGUCCGCCCAAGCUACCCAUCAGAUCCCGUCGCUCCGCAAUGCCUUUCUCGUGGGUGAUGUCCUCACAAAGCGUGAUUGUUUACGUCUACAGUCACUGGCUGCGAACGUUCGCAUCAUUAACAUGUACGGCACGACCGAGACCCAGCGCGCUGUGUCGUAUUUCCUCAUCCCCAGCGUUGCGGAGGACGCCACCUUCCUCACGACGCAGAAGGACAUCAUGCCUGCUGGCGAAGGUAUGAUCGAUGUCCAGCUGCUCGUCGUCAACCGCAACGACAAAAACAUUCCCUGCGCGGUUGGUGAGAUCGGCGAAAUUUACGUGCGCUCCGGCGGUCUGGCUGAAGGCUACUCCGACCCCAGUGCAACCGCGGAGAAGUUCGUCAAGAACUGGUUCUCGGAGAACGCGCCGCCAUGGAAGGACACAAUUCGCGAGCCCGCCAAUGGGCAGUCGGGGCCGGAAGCGCGGUUCUGGAAGGGCGUACGCGACAGGAUGUACCGUUCGGGCGACCUUGGGCGCUACUUACCCAACGGGAUCGUGGAGUGUACUGGCCGUGCAGACGACCAAGUGAAGAUCCGUGGAUUCCGCAUCGAGCUUGGCGAGAUCGACACACACCUCAGUCAGCACCCGCUCGUCCGAGAGAACGUCACGUUAGUGCGGAGAGACAAGGACGAAGAGAAAGUCCUCGUCAGCUACUUUGUGCCUGUAAGCGGCCCGCUGUUGGACGAUUUCGCCAGCGACAUACCAGAGGGUGAGGAUGAAAAGGGGUUGAUCACUGGUAUGCACAGAUACCGUCGGCUGAUCAAAAACAUCCGUGAAUACCUCAAAAAGAAGCUCCCGAGCUACAGUGUCCCUACAUUAUUCGUCCCGCUCAAGCGUAUGCCACUCAACCCCAACGGCAAAAUCGACAAGCCGGCGCUUCCCUUCCCCGACACAGCGCAGGCGGCUGCAACCGAAUCGCAGCGCGGGCCCACAGCUACACCGACCGAGGAAGCCGUACGUGCGAUCUGGACGCGCAUCCUGCCCAAUCCGCCGUCUCCAAUACCUCUAGAUGAGAAUUUCUUCGACGUCGGUGGGCACUCCAUCCUGGCUACUCGGUUAAUAUUCGAGAUACGCAAAGCCUUCUUGGUAGAUGCUCCUCUAGGUCUAGUUUUCGACAGGCCGACUAUCGGCGGGCUUGCUGCGGCAGUCGAUGACAUACGCAACGCUGACUUGGGCUUCACGACUGGCAAAACACCUGGGACGUUAACCCCAGCAACACAUGCUGCGGUCGGCACGGUCAAAACCAUCGCAUACGGGCAAGAUUACGACAACCUAUUGUCGAAGCUGCGGCCUUCUUAUUCACCGUUACCCGCAGAUUUUGGCGGCAAACGCCUGACAGUAUUCCUAACUGGUGCCACUGGCUUCCUGGGUGCCUUCAUCUUACGUGAUUUACUGCUGCGGGAAGAUCGGGUCAAGAAAGUUAUCUGUCUUGUUAGGGCACCCGACUUACAGAAGGCGCUGGACCGACUGCGCGAUGCAGCGGACGGACGAGGAGUCUGGGAUGAAGAGUGGCUGAAAACUUCAAGGGUUGAAGUUGUUAAAGGAGACCUCGACCAGGAGUUCUUUGGCAUCGAGAAGGCUACUUGGGAUCGUAUCGCCGACGAGGCUGACGCCGUAAUCCACAAUGGUGCACUGGUCCAUUGGGUCUAUCCGUACGAGAAGCUGCGGUAUGCCAACGUGCUCGGCACGCUCAUUGCCGUGGACCUUGCUGCCACUGGCAAGCCCAAGGCCUUCGUGUUUGUCUCGUCGACAUCUGAUAUCGACACUGAGUAUUAUGUUCAGUUAUCGGAAUCGUCUCAUGAUCAGAGCAGCCUUGGCGGGGUACCGGAAAGCGACGAUCUUGAAGGUGCCAGGACGUCCCUCAAGACUGGGUAUGGGCAGAGUAAAUGGGUGUCCGAAAAACUCCUUUUCGAAGCUGGUCGGAGGGGCCUGAGAGGUCACAUAGUGCGGCCUGGGUACGUUGUCGGUGAUUCCCGGACAGCAGUUACGAACACAGACGAUUUUAUCUGGCGUUUGGUGAAGGGCUGUAUCCAGCUUGGGUUGGUGCCUGAUAUCAACAACACCGUGAACAUGGUGCCUGUGGACCACGUAGCGCGUUGCACAGUGCUUGCAGUACUUGCUCCUCUGCCGGCACCUCGUGAUGCCCUCAGUGUGCUGCACAUUGCGGCACACCCGCAGCCCACCUUCAACGACAUGUUCUCCGCCCUGGCUCGCUACGGUUUCGCCACCAAGCGUUGUGAGUACCUGUUGUGGCGCAGCCAGCUCGAGAAGCAUGUCAUGGAGGUCCAGGACAACGCGCUGUUCCCCUUGCUGCAUUUUGUGCUGGACGACCUGCCAACAAGCACCAAGGCGCCAGAGCUCAAUGAUGAGAAUAUGCGUGCGCUUCUCGCGCCCCACAUGCAGCUGACGAAUCGCACGGUGGACAAGGAGCUGAUGGGAAAAUUUGCCAUGGCUUGCGAACGGCUCCGUGGCAAGAGCGGUCGGCCGCAGUGGACUGUAGAUGCCGAAAACUCGAUGCUGCUGAUCGUGCAUAUGACAGAAGAUAAAGGUGAUAGGGUGGACAUCGGCCUGCCUGACAGCGCUAAUCCUCAAUUCUACAUACCUAGAUUUCGUCUCGAUAUGAUGGUCGAUGUCGUUCCGACAAUUCGCUCAGUGUACGACUCAGACCCCGAUUGGCUAACCGACGCAUCAUCUUCGUACCUGCGAAUUGCCGCUAUAUCCAUCGCGGCCUACGAUUAUUUGCUGACCUUACCUGCGGAAUUGCGGUUUUACAAGGUUCAGCGUUCAUGGAUGCCAAGUCUGGGGUGCAUUCUCUUUAUUCUCAUCCGGUACGUUAGCAUGAUUACUGUAACAGUCAGCGCGAUUGGAUUUUUUGCUUCGUUUUCUCCCCAAUCCUGUCAACGAUGGUUUAUGGUUACACCUGUCUUCAAAGUUCUGCAGAUGGUGCUUUCCCAAAUUAUCAUGGGCAUAAGAACAGUGAAUAUCUCCAGAAGGAAACCUUGGGUUGUCUGGACCAUGCUUGUCGUUUUCCUCGUUGUUACAUGCUUGGAAUUCUUCACAAACCUUUAUGACCGGAAUUACGUUCAAGACAGACACAAUAACUGCACAGGGGGCGAUAAUUCAGCACAUUUAUCCGUUUGGCUAUUUUACGUCGUGGCCAUGUUCUACGACGUCGUUACGAUUGGUAUCUCAACGUACUUUCUGGUGAGCUUCAGUCCUUCAUCUGGUCGGUUGUCUCGUCUUGUACGAUUAAUGUUGUACGACGACAUAGGAUACCUUGUACUUCUGACUGCUGCGAAUGUACUAAACUUGGUCCUAUACCGGACAAGCGAUGGAACGACACAGUCCUCAGGAGCGUGCCUGAGUUUCGCCGUGGUAUGGAUAAUGAGCCAAAGGAUCCUGAUCCAUCUCCGCGAGCACACGCGCACGACGACACAGGUCAUCUCGCGCCCGCUCCAGUCUCCGCGCGAUAUCUCAGACGCGAUGCGCUCUCAAUUCGAGACCAAGGAUCAGCUCGACGAGGAGUUCGGCCUGCCGCACCCACGCGCAGCAUCGAGCGUGCAGCUGGACUCUGUGCGCGAGGGCUGCGAGCUCGACGUGCAGGUGCACGUGGAGGAGACCGUGACUGUCGAGUACGCCGAGGACACGUCUGAGCGCGAGUCGUACCGCACGCCGCGGCCGAUGCCAUAG